AUGUCCCAGUGUCCAGUGAUUUCAACAAGGUUUUAUACAAUGGACCGUCGAGGAGGAUUUCAGGGUGGUUUCGGCAGCGUCAACACCGGUAGUUUUGAUGAAAGAUGGUCCAGUUCAACGAGAAAUCAAGGUGCUGGACCACGGCGAAUAGGUAGUGGUUUACGUCGUAUAACAAUUGAUUGGGAUAAGCCAUGGAUUCCGGUAACAAAGCUUGGCCGUUUGGUAAAAGAUGGACGAGUAGCUACAAUAGAAGAGAUCUAUCAUAGAUCGAUACCCAUCCUAGAAUAUCAAAUUGUGGAUCUAUUAGUACCAAAUCUGAAGGAGCAGGUAUUGAAGAUUCUUCCGGUACAAAAGGAAGUUCGAAAUGGGUUGCGCACUCGAUUUCGAGCGUUUGUUGCUAUUGGUGACAAGAAUGGGCACGUGGGUCUUGGGAUGCAGUGUGCAAAACGUGUCAGCACCGCGAUCAGACUUGCAAUUUAUCGUGCAAAGACAGCAGUGGUGCCUGUACGACGAGCCUAUUGGCCUGUUUUCCUUGCAAUCUAA